AUGGCCGACGAAGUUUACGAGGGUGCCAUUGGUAUCGAUCUUGGAACCACAUACUCUUGUGUUGCUGUAUACGAGGGAACCAAUGUUGAGAUCAUUGCCAACGAGCAAGGUAGCUUCACCACCCCAUCUUUCGUUUCCUUCACCGACAAGGAGCGUUUGAUCGGUGAGUCUGCUAAGAACAAUGCCGCAAUGAACCCAAAGAACACCAUCUUUGAUAUCAAGCGUUUGAUCGGAAGAAGAUUCGAUGACCCCCACACCACAAAGGAUAUUCAAUCAUGGCCUUUCACCGUUGUUGACAAGGAUGGAUCCCCAUUCGUUCAAGUUGAGUAUCUCGGGGAGGAGAAGACCUUCUCCCCACAAGAGAUCUCAUCAAUGGUUUUGACCAAGGCGAGUUUUUUCACAUCCCACUCCUCGGUAGCGAGUUUACUAACAAUACUUGAAUUACAGAUGAAGGAAAUUGCCGAAGUUAAGUUGGGCAAGAAGGUCGAGAAGGCCGUUAUCACUGUUCCAGCUUACUUCAACGACAACCAACGUCAAGCUACCAAGGACGCUGGUGCCAUCGCUGGUCUCAACGUUCUACGUAUCAUCAACGAGCCUACUGCUGCCGCCAUCGCUUACGGUCUCGGUGCUGGAAAGUCCAACAAGGAGCGUAACGUUCUCAUUUACGAUCUCGGUGGUGGAACUUUCGAUGUUUCCCUCCUCAACAUCCAAGGUGGUGUCUUCACUGUCAAGGCUACUGCCGGUGACACCCAUUUGGGAGGUCAAGAUUUCGAUACCAACCUCCUUGAUCACUUCAAGAAGGAGUUCACCAGAAAGACCAAGAAGGACUUGUCCAACGACCCCCGUGCUCUCCGUCGUCUCAGAACUGCUUGCGAACGUGCUAAGAGAACCCUCUCCAACGGUGCUUCCACCAACGUUGAGAUUGAUUCCUUGUUCGAUGGUGAGGACUUCAAUGCUCAAAUCACCCGUGCCAGAUUCGAGGACCUUAACGCCAAGGCUUUCUCCGGUACUUUGGACCCUGUUGCACAGGUUCUUAAGGAUGCGGCUAUUGAUAAGAGUAAGGUUGACGAGAUCGUUCUUGUCGGUGGUUCUACCCGUAUUCCCAAGAUCCAAAAGCUCUUGAGUGAGUUCUUUGACAACAAGAAGUUGGAGAAGAGCAUCAACCCUGAUGAGGCUGUUGCCUACGGUGCUGCUGUUCAAGCUGGUAUCCUUUCCGGAAAGGCUACCUCUGCUGAGACUGCUGACCUCCUCCUUUUGGAUGUCGUCCCACUUUCUCUAGGUGUUGCCAUGGAGGGUAACAUCUUUGCCCCUGUCGUUACCAGAGGUCAAACUGUCCCAGUAUACUAUCAAGAAGAGAACCUUCACCACUUUCAAUUCCCAGUUUUCCAAGGAGAGCGUGUCAACUGCGAAGACAACACUUCCCUCGGAGAGUUCACCCUUGCUCCUAUCCCACCAAUGAAGGCAGGUGAUGCAGUUCUCGAGGUCGUCUUCGAGGUCGAUGUCAACGGUAUCUUGAAGGUCACCGCCACUGAGAAGACCUCUGGACGUAGUGCCAACAUCACAAUUGCAAACUCCGUUGGUAAGCUCUCAUCUUCUGAGAUCGAGAAGAUGGUUGCAGAUGCUGCUGAGUUCAAGAGCAGUGAUGAUGCUUUCAGCAAGAGAUUCGAGUCCAAGCAACAACUCGAGUCAUACAUUUCAAGAGUUGAGGAGAUCAUCUCCGACCCAACUAUGUCCAUCAAGUUCAAGCGUGGUAACAAGGAGAAGAUUGAGUCUGCUUUGAGUGAUGCUAUGGCUCAACUCGAGAUUGAAGACUCUACUUCUGAUGACUUGAAGAAGAAGGAGCUCGCUUUGAAGAGGGCUGUCACCAAGGCCAUGUCCACUCGUUAA